AUGGCCUCAUCCAAAGAAAUGCAGCAGUCCUCGAGGCCAUUGACUCAGAAUCGUUCUCCGAUGUCGUCCACAUCGUCGGCCCUUCCCGGCCGUCAAUCCCACGCUCGGACGAGCUCGCACUCGCUGCUAACAGGUGCUCUGAACGCCAACCACCGAGUGACUCGACGCAAGUCUGUCACCAACCCGAAUACCAAUGUGACCGCGAUCGCCGCCGCUCUUCGGGAAAGUGAGCGUUCUUCCGCCUUGCCCAUCGGUAGCGGUGGACGCCGGAUGUCCAAGAGCGCUGCUGCCCGGGCUGCACUCGUCGGUAGCCUUCCCUCUCCCCCCGCUAGUCUCCCGAACCACAAGUCGAUACCCGAAACAAAACAAGAACUCAAUGGUAGCGCCAUUGAGGACGAUGUGAAUGAGGGCUCGGCUGACGAGGGAACUACCAAGUUCCAGAAGGCUCGUCAACGCCGUGCCAGUGAUGGCCAGACUCUCAAAGAGAGCAAGAAGAGCAACAGGGUUGAGGUUCGCUGUGACAAGUGCGGUAAAGGCUACAAGCAUAGCAGUUGCUUGACUAAGCACUUGUGGGAGCAUACACCUGAGUGGGCUUUGACCUCGAAGCUGCUCAUUUCCAAGCAUCAGCAGGUUCAACUGCUUGAGGCUGCUUCUGUUCUGGUAACCAUGAACGGCGUUGAAAACAACGCUGACACUCCCCCCGAGUCUACCAAGGACUUCCAGAGUGAAGCUGGUUCAUCCUCGCCUGCUGCGUCUGGAUACUCCGAUCCUGCUGAGCGACAAAGCUCUGCCGACACCACCCCACCUCCUUUUGCCGAAGCUGUCAAUGUUGACGGCACCUCGUACCGAAACAAGCGCUUCAGCAGCAAUGGUGGAUACGCGACAAGCUUCCAGUCUGCUUCGGCUGCUUCCUUCGGAGCAGGAAGUGUGCCUUACGGUUCAGGAUUUGGCCAUUACCGCCAGCCAAGCCAUGAACACCGCCCAGGAUCUUCCGGGCGUAACGCUACAGGCGAGGACGAUCGGGACCUGGCUGCUGCAGUUGAGCUUCUGAGCUGCAGUUUUGGUAGCAACAAUGGAUCCCGACCUGCCAUGGUUCCUGCUGAUGCCCCUCCCGUUCCUCCGCUGCCAGCUCAAUACCUGGAUCAGGCAGCGUCUCUGUCUGCAAGCUUCAUCAAUAGCUUUCCAAGUCGACAGCCUGAGAGCUUCACUCGUGGUGAGAUGAGACGCCCUAGCGACGACGUCAGGAUGGAGGGUAGCGGUGAUUCGGUCAUGGAUGACGACGACUUCGAGAUGCGUUCGCGCGGUCGUAGUGAAGAUGAUGACGAUGGUGUUUUUGGUCGCAUGGAGGAAUGA